UCAGAUGUCAGACACUUCGCUUUGAAGAGCAAGUAUAAAACUAUAAACAAAAGUGAAUUUUGUGUGCAACUCAUGCUCAUUUCAUGUAUUAGUAAUUGAUUCAUUUAUUUACACAAUUGUCAUCUUUCUACAGAAAAAAAUCUAAAAUAACGUAUUAACUUCGAAUUUUAAUCUAAAUCGAUGGAAUCGCUAGACAAAUUGCAACCUGCGGUUCCACAGGAAAAUAAAGAACAAGAAAUCGCUAGUCCAAAGAAAACAUUGGAUAAUGAAUAUGCAGAAUUACAGGAACAAAUAAUAGCUAACUUACAAAAACCAAACUUACCAAAUAUAAACGUUCCCGAAAAAAUUAUCAUUUGCUUAGAUGUCUGCUAUGAUGACCAGAAUGCUCUAUUCAGACUCGGUGAUGGCACAACUUACACUCCGAUAAAUAUGUUUAAGCGAGUCUUGGACUUUUUCAUACAUUCUAAACAUGCUAUAAACAAAAGAACAGAAUUUGCUCUGAUAAUUUUAAAAGAUGCUGUACCUUAUUUUGUACAAAAUUUUACUAACAAUCUUAAGGAUAUACUAAGUGCUAUUGAUUAUGUUAAUGCAGAAGAAAGCAAAUCUGAAAACUUUGAUUUUCAAAAAUUAUUUGAGAUUUUGAAACAAGAAGUGGAAAUUCCUGAAUAUAAGCAAUCUGACUGUAUUAUUCCACCACCAUAUAUUGUACGCAUGAUUGUGUUGUUUACUCGUUCUAAUUGUAUUCCUCUCAUUUCUCAAGAAGAUUCGUACUUUAACUUCCUUAAGAAACAUUUAUAUUUUUAUAUUGAUAUUUUGCUUGCCCAUGAGGAAGAUUGUGCACUAUACAAAUGUGCAGAUGUUUAUGAUUCUCUUCAAGAUCUAGAUAAUGGCUAUUCAUAUGUAUUUGAAGUAUCUAAGAAUGCAACAAAAAUUCAUGAUUGUAUAGCAAAAUUGUUGGCACAUCCUUUACAACGACCCCUACAAAAAAAUACAAAUUAUAACUUCUCAUCAAAAUUUUAAUUUUGUUUAACUGCACUGUAAAUAAUAAGUUAUAGUAAUAAUUAAAAUGUAUGAAUAGUAUUUUUCUUACUCAUAAAGAUCUUUUUAAGUGAUUAAAAAAUAUGAUAACUUGAAAUCAGUUUUAUUUAUUAUUGUGCCAUCUAGGUAUAUUUACUAUGUGACAGUAAAAGUAAUUUUUUAUCAACCCUGAAAAUCUGUUCAAAUAAAAAGUAUUAUCAUAUCAUGUGUGGCUAGAAGAUAUGUAGCUUAACUAAAAAUUCCAGUUUCAAACCUAGGUAACUGACUUUUCCUGUGUUUUUGCUAUUGGUUUUUAUAAAGUAUCUCAUACUUGGUCAUUUUUAACAAACCUGCACAAACUGGUUCCAGUUCUACUUUAUGUGUAUCCAUCAAUCCUCAUUGAAGCAAUAUGGUGCAAUAAGCUUCUAGGCUUCUUAAGAGAGGAGGCCUUAGCCCAGUAUGGGGAUUUACUGCUGUUACUUUUCUAUUUAGGCCUAGUUAGUAAAAAAAAUUAAGAUCACAAUCAAGUAACUAUCAUUUAAAAUUAUGAAUAUGACAAAACCUCUACUCAAUGCCUAAUUUAAUAUAUUUUAAUCAUUCUUAUUGCAAUCGAA